CUGACUUGCUAAUUAGACAAAUUCACAGUUUGAUUUAUUAAUUAAUUUGGUCGUGUAUAAGGCAGUUUGAACCAUGGAGCAACAAAGAGCAAUCAUCGAAACCAGUCUAACAUUUUUCAAAGUUUUGGGCAUACAUCCACUGAAAACCUUGCGCAAAAUUCCUGUCCUGUGCCUAAUUAGCUCCCAUUUGAUUUUAUUCGCCUUGGUGUGUUUACGAUUCUUUUACGAAAAAAUUACUUUCGGACUAAUUUCCGACACCUUCGAAUCUACUUUCACCAUAGUCCAUGUCCUUGCCAAAUUCAUCACACUUGUGAUAAUUAAACCCACGAUUAAAAAACUGUUCGAAACUACCAACACUUUCUGGCUGGGGAAAACCUUCCAGAAGGAGUUUCGACACGAAGUUGAUGCAGAUUUGCGAACUUUGGGGCUUCUUUUGCGCCUUUUUCUAUUUUUUGUCAGUAUUGUAAUUGUCACGUUUGCCAUAAGGCCCAUUUUUGACGACACUUUGGCCAUUCAUUGUUACGUACCGGAGUUUAUCCCAAGAGCGAUUUUUAUUGUCUUUAAUAAUGCUGUUUUCGCAGUUUCCGCGUUUGCGGUUGGAUCGUUUGAUAUGUUUGUGUGUGUUAUGGUCGUUUUGAUUACAGUACAGUUCAAAAUUCUGAAUUAUUCAAUUUUGGGACUAGACUUGGGCAAAGUUGUGACAGAAAACGACGAAAAACUUUGCCAAAAGAAAAUCAAAAUCAUCGUAGAUUAUCAUGAUUUUUUGGACAGAUACUUGGCUAAAGUUUCGUCAAUUGUAAGUCCGGCCCUGCUUGUGUACUUCACAAUUGCCCCAAUUGUCCUUUGCUUUGAAUUAUUUUUCAUGUCGAAAAGUUCAAACUUUGCCGAAAUUGCAAAAUCGUGUGUCUACAUCUUGGGAAUUGUGAUCGAAUUGUUUUUCUUUUUCUGUCUCCCUGCUACAUACCUUAUGGUUCAGACCCAACUGAUGAUCACAACUGUUUAUAAUUCGGGUUGGGAAAACUGCUAUUUUUUAUCGGUUCGGAAAAGUUUGAUAAUUAUGAUGCAACGAAUGCAAAAAGAAACUCUUCUGACGGCUGGAAAAAUGAUCAAAAUCAAUCUAGAAACAUGCACUAAUGCGUUCAGAAUGGCGCUGUCUUUCUACACUUCUUUGCAAAUUUUGGACGAUAAGUCACGAGAGUAGGGGUAAAACUCCUCCCACUCUCACCCUUAUAAUGCACCUUUGCACCCUUUAACCCUCACAAGCACAAAAAAUGUUUUCACGAGCUAAACGUUUGCUGGUCCAUUACCCCAAACCUAAAUGUGAAGAACCAGUUAAUUUGCUCCAAUACUUGGACACCAUGGAGAAGAAAAUUGACGACCAACGCCAGAAAGUUGAAGAAAUGCGAAAUCGGCUCACUGAUAAAAGCUUCAAUUCUAGUCGAAACGAAAUAUCUCCAAAC